GUGCCGGGGCGUUGAUGCUUCCCCAUCUGUGCUUUGCUUAAGGUGAGCGCAGUGGUAUGUCCCUGUACUCAGUCCUGCCCCCCAAAGUGGAGAUGUGCAAGAUCCAAGUAAGGAGACUCAUCUCCUAGACGCCAAGCCAGGAUGAGGUACCUGCAGCCCCUGCCGCUGAUGGUGGUACAGAGCUUCCUUCAGCUUAUAUUUUGUGACACUAAACAAAUAGUCCAUGCUGCAGAAGUGCUGGAUUGGGAAGACAAAGAUGCUGCAGAGACAUUGGUCAACAAUGUUGUUAAUUCCAGGAUCAUCAAUCCUUUACGACUAUUUGUUAAGCCAUCUACAGUGUUGAAACAUGGCCAGAUGUCAUACUCAGACAGCAUAGAAAACUUUUGGGAUUGGUUAGCCAACAUCACUGAAGUUCAAGAAUCUCUUGCACGGACUAAGCGCAGACCGAUAGUAAAAACUGGGAAAUUCAAGAAAAUGUUUGGGUGGGGUGACUUCCAUUCCAACAUCAAAACUGUAAAACUAAACCUCCUCAUAACAGGGAAAAUUGUUGAUCAUGGCAAUGGAACCUUCAGUGUUUAUUUCCGACAUAACUCAACAGGACUGGGAAAUGUUUCUGUAAGUCUGGUGCCACCUUCCAAGGUGGUGGAAUUUGAAUCAUCUCCUCAGUCAACACUGGAGACCAAGGAAUCCAAGUCCUUCAACUGCCGAAUUGAGUAUGAAAAAACAGAUCGGGCUAAGAAAACUGCCUUGUGCAAUUUUGAUCCUUCAAAGAUCUGCUACCAAGAGCAGACACAAAGCCAUGUUUCUUGGUUGUGUUCCAAACCAUUUAAAGUUAUCUGCAUUUACAUUGCUUUUUACAGUGUAGAUUACAAACUGGUGCAAAAGGUCUGCCCUGAUUAUAAUUACCAUAGUGAGACGCCCUACUUGUCCUCUGGCUGAUGUAAUUCAUAUUCUGAGUAACUGUAGAAAUCCGGCAUUGGUCAUAAAUAUGAGUUUCCUUUAAUCUUCCUCAAAAGACAGUGCUCCCCUAUCAGGUUAAAUAUGUCUUAACAAAAAUUGUAGUUGUUUGUGCUGUUUCAUAGAUAUUCAACCUGUUUAUGUAACAAUCAUUUUCAUCUAACACAAUUCUAGCUUUGUUGUUAAUAAUAAGGGAAAUAUCAGACAUUAGCAACAUGUGACAAGGAGGAACAAGAUAAUGCAUGUGCUCAACACUGAUCUUGAAUCGAAGCAGUUUUAAGGGCUGAUUAAGAUAGCAGAUAUAAAAAGGUCUUUUAGUUGGUAUGUUGCACCUUGCACGCUGUAGGUGCUAACAAAACAAACAACAAACAACAAAAGACAGACAGCUAGGCCAGGCCUGCAAGCUAUCCACAUACAAAACUCAAUUUCAACAACUCUUCAGCUGAUGUCAACAGGACUGUUGUACACAUAGGAUUUGAUAAAUUGAGUCAUAAUAUUGAAAUAAAAUGCUUAUGCUGUUUUAAAAAAAAUUAAGAAUUGAAUUUCUAACUCUGGGUUUUGGCAGUUACGCACAGUCACUGGAAUGGAAGAGCAGUUUCUUCAAAUUCUUAACCAGUGAAAAUUCAAUGAUGUAAUCAAACAUUGCUCAUCCUUAGUCUGUUAGAUCCACUAAGUGCACAGGUUUAGUGUAUAUUUCUCCCUAUUGUUGUCAAUGUUGUUUUGAUUUAUACUCAGAUUUUUACAUUUAUAACAGUGCUAGUUUUACAGUGGCAUUAGAAUAGAAGUGUUCCUUGGAAAACGUGGUCCGUGUUCAAUGGGUCCCAGAAUAAAUUUCAGAGAGUGGUUUCCAUUUAAAGAAAAGCAUUUACCUUAACAUCUUGCUGUCCAGCACAUCUUGAUUUAUUACCUUCCUGGAAAUGGAAAAGAUAAGACUAAUACCCUAAUAAAACAUGCCUUUUCAUGAAUCCUAGUUAAACUAGUAGUAUAGUGAUGCAACUUUAAAGAUAUGAAGAUCACAAUCCCUGAAAAAGAAAAGCUCAACAAAAUCUAGAUAUUACCCCUCAUGUAAGAUUACAAACUCCAUCAGUACAGCACAUUUCAACAUAUGUCUACAUCCUCAGCUGGUAUAAAUUUACACCACCAGAGAAUCUUGCACUAUAUGCUGAUUAUGUAGGAACUGAUACUACUCCCCCUGCAGUCAAUGGCAAAAUCAACUCCAACUGCUCAGGAUCAAGGAAAAAUGACAUAGGUUUGUUUUUUUGUUAUUACUUUUAACAAUGUUGCUGAUUACCAAGAUGUGUGCAUAAAAAGAAGCCAGCUCCUGUUCCUCUUUUCUGAUGUCACAGUUUAAGUGACUGUUGUCACUGCUCUUUGCCAAGGUUUGAAAGGGGAUUGACUGGCAAGGAGAGAGCUGUUUGUUACAUACAAACUGAUGAGCACUGCCAGAAAGGUACGUGAAGCUAAUACAUUUUGCUAAAGUGGCGGUGCUUCUUGACCAACAUGUCAUUAGAAAGGCUGUCACUCACUCGAUUUCUCUUUUCUUACUUAUUGCAAAGCCUCAUGCUGAAAAAUCCUUUGUUCAAGAAAAUGUUUAAUCUGUUUUUGUCUUAAUGAGUUUCAGAUGGGUUUCAGUUUUUACUUUACUGCUACUGAUACCUACAUAAUGUUCUGUUUUGUGUUCUGUAUAGGGUGUCUUAGAUUUAGCUGUAUAUAUGCUAGCAUUUAUUACUAUAUUCUAUGCAUUCAAUAUUUGGUGCUUUUGUAUCUUAGUAGUAAGCCAUGAUUUUAUUGCCAUGUAGUUUUGCCCAUCUCUAUAAACUAUCUAAACUAUAAAGUAUGUAUUGUAGAGUAUGUGGAAAUCAUAUAUGUAUAUAUAUUUAAAUCCAUAUGUACAUAUACAGAAUAUAUGUGUACAUGUAUUCCAAUGUAAAUAAAGAGAGUUUGCUAAA